CACAAAAUGCCACAAAACCCUUCAAACUUUUCUCUCCUCCAAAGGAUGAACCACGACCACCCUCCUCCAACCACAGCCACCGUCCCCGACGCCGUGGCCCGUCAUCACACACACGCCGUCUCCCCCAACCAGUGCUGCUCCGCCGUCGUCCAGGAGAUCGCCGCCCCUGUCUCCACCGUCUGGUCAGUCGUCCGCCGCUUCGACAACCCCCAGGCCUACAAGAACUUCGUCAAGAGCUGCCACGUCAUCCUCGGCGACGGCGACGUCGGCACCCUCCGCGAGGUCCGCGUCAUCUCCGGCCUCCCCGCCGCCGUCAGCACCGAACGCCUCGACAUCCUCGACGACGAGCGCCACGUCAUCAGCUUCAGCAUGAUCGGCGGCGAUCACCGCCUCGCCAACUACCGCUCCGUUACAACCCUUCACCCCCGCUCAAUCGUCGACGCCGACGGUAACCACCGCUCCGGUACGGUGGUCGUUGAGUCCUACGUGGUUGAUGUGCCGCCGGGAAACACAACCGAGGACACUUGCGUGUUCGUCGACACCAUCCUUCGGUGCAACCUUCAAUCUCUCGCGAGAUUCGCCGAAAACUUGGCGAGAUCAACGAGAUCGCAUCAACGAUAAC